UUAUUCAGGAUGAUACAGAGAGGAUAAUAUACUUAAUGUAGUUCGGGGAGUCUUCAACCCUAAAUAUCCUCCUCGCAUCCAACUCCAAUAGACUAUUGGAGUGUGGCGUUUUGUUUCAAGUAUGGGAGGAAUCGAUGUAUCCAUUAUAGUGACGAUGAUUUUCGAGAUUUUGAUAGGAGGGCUAGUAGGUCUAGCUACUUACACCUACCUUCAUUAUCUAAACAAGUCUAAAAAGAUAAAAAAGCUUCAGCAGAAAGUAGAAGUGCAAACUGCUAUAAAUGCUGACGAGAAAUCGACGGAUAUUGAAAGUGUGCAGUGGCUUAACUUCGUUAUCAAGCAUUGGUAUCUGACAGUUGACCAGAAGUUGCAGGAGAAGAUAAAAGAGCUAGCCCAACCUACCCUGGACGCCCUAAUAGUCCCUAAACCAGUCACAAAGGUCAUACUAGAAAGUGUCUCCUUCGGGCAGAGUCCUCCCUACAUAGAGGGGUGUAGAGCUCUCAGACAGAAGUGGCCGGAUAAUCCUAAUCUUGAGACGCUUCAACUGGUGCUUGGACCCAGGAUUGAGUCAAAGGAGUUCAAAGUUAAGAUCCAACUUAAAGGUCUGGGUCGUGUCAGUCUCACAGGGUUCCAGUUCAACGGUAAACUACAGGUGUCUAUUCUAAUAGACAAGGAUCUCCCGUUCCCUUGCAUAAAACAUGUUUACUUCACAUUUAUAGAACGACCAGACAUUAACUUCGAUCUAAGUCUCGGAGUGAUCGACGUGAACCUGCUACCAAAUGUAAAGUCAUGGCUUCAAAACACAAUAGAAGAGUUAUUCUCGGACUCUUUAGUGGACCCGGGAAGAUACCUGAUAGACAUGACCCAGGAGGAGAUGAAGAUGAUGCUAAUCUUCGGAGUCAGGAAAUUGAAGAGAACUGUCCUGCAUCUUCAGAUAGAUAUCAGCAAAGAUAAGGUUGAGCAAGACAACGGCAAGAAGCGCACCAUUGAUUGCCUCCUCAAUGUAGGCGGUAAAGAUUUAAAAGCAGAAGUCGCGUUUUACAGCACUCAGAAAACAUGUCAUGUUUGGUAUCCCAUUGCGGCUAUUCAAGAGGAGAUGUGCAAGAGACGAUGUCCAGGUGCUAGUUGCCUCAAAAAGAUUAAUUUCUCCGUGUCCAUACGGCGUUCAUUUGGGAAAGACGACAAACUUGCCAAAAUGAAAAUCGACGUUAAGGGUCUGAUUCGAGAUAAAACAAGUAUACUUCACAAAUCGUCGAUCCAAGGUGAAAACAUUUUGCUGAACGUGGAAGCUGUAUCCAACGAACUUCCUUACAUCCCUAUACGACAGAAUGGAAUUGAGGUAACAGAUUAUGCCAAGUAUUUCAACAUUCCUGAGCUCACUAGAGAAGACUUGAACAAGUGCACUUCUGGCCUGGUGUACCUUCACAUUCACAGAGCAACUGGGCUUCCCGCUAUGGACGUUCGUGGGAGCAGUGAUGCUUAUUGUAAAGUUAAAGUAAACGGGGAGAAACUAUUCAAAACACACGUCAUAACCAGCAAAAACCCCGUUUUCAACUAUUUUGAAGAUUUCUUCGUCCGUAACAUAAUAGAAUCAGAUAUGUCUUUGGAGGUUAUGGAUCAUGACAAAGGGUCUGUGAAUGAUGAGAUCGGGAAAGUUAAAAUCGACCUAAAAGACGUGGCACCUAAAAUGGUGAACCAAGGUUUCGAUAUCAUAGGUAAAAAUGACAAACAGGUUGGAAUUCUGUACAUUACAGUGAUAUUCAGACCUAUUCAGCUGCCACCUACCUCGGAGGAUAUCAGCAAUACUUUCCACAAUAACCUCGGGGCCGGCACUGUUAAAGCAGAGUGAGGACACAGCUGAUCUUUAGUGAGGGGUCCGUUCGAUUUUGUGUUUGGUUCGGUUGUGCGGCUCCAGAUUCCAUUAGUUAUUCAAUUGAAGUCGCGCAAUUGAACCGAACUUAGAAUCAUUAUAUGAACUCAUCAGUUCAGCAGAAUGAUAAGUUUUGACGUAGCAUCACGUUAAUUGUUUAUUUUGAUUUUAGAUAGGAAAUUGGGAACACUAAACUCUGACAGUUGAUUGUGAAUUUAAAAAUUAUCAAAAUACAGUAUACUAGUCGUAGUUAUAGUAAACUGGGUAAAUAAAUUGAUAUGAAAUAGAUUAUCUUAAAAUAUAUCGUCCUUUAUAAUAUAAUGAAACAUUUUCAUCGGAAAAAUAAUAAGCCAACAAUGAUAAAAGCAUUACAUUAUUGAUAUCAAAAAUUUGAAAGUGAUGAUUUGUCUCACACGGUGUUCAGUGUGCAUGAGUGCUCUAGAGACUAGAUAACAGCAUUUUUCCUCUAGAAUUAGAAUAUUAUAUAAGAACAAUAUGUCCCUCUAUACGACGAGCCCCUCUGCAGUCUUCACCACAAUUUAUGCAGUUUCAAUACAUGGUUUAAAACAGCCAUGUUCAGUCCACCAUUACUGAUUUUUGUCAUCUUAACAUGAAGCACGCAGAGAGUAACUGAUUGUGACUGUAUUCUCCUAAAACAUAUGAACAGAUUCUGUAGUUGAUAUGAAUUGUGGGAAAGAAAAUAUCGUUUCUGUUUCUCGUUCCUCGUCUCACGUGGUAACCUGCAGUAAGAUAAACGAACGCACAAGUUUUGCAAAAUGUACGGAUCAGAAGGAGAGUUACUCUACUCAGAAGUAGAGUUACUCUACCCUUAUCAAUCUCUUCUUAUCUCAUGUAUCUGUUGGCGCUGAUUUUUGCAGUUCUAAACUGAUUUUCUGGAGCUGUUUUGCAGUUUCUAGUUCCUCUUGGGUGUACGUUCUUGUAGUCCUGGUGGUCGAACAGCUUUUGUCUGAGUGUUUAGUGCGUCGUUGUGUUUUUGUUUCUGUUUGUUUGUCGUUAGAUGAAGGCUCCUUCGCUUUUCUUUUCCCUGACGAGGUGCAUUUUUCGCAUUCUUUAGCACCCACCAAAGCUUCUUCGCACACUGGGCAACUGAAACGAAUUUGCAAUCAUUUUGGGAACCAUAAAUACAAGUAGCACUAGCUAAGUAUAAUUAUCUGGGAAAAGGAAAUUGACCUAUCCCAUUCAUUGCAUAAAUACUAAUCCCAAGCGUGCAUGGUGUUAUCUCGAUCCAUAUACUACCGGUAAAAUUUAUUUAAAAAAACACAUUCUC